GAGGCUAGGAAAUAUGGUCUAGCUGUGUGUUCAGGGAGAAGAGGAAGACAUGGAUUUUGAUAUCCCCCUGCUCCCUGGCUCGCCACGCCGUCUGUGCCCCCCGACAGUGGUCAGAGGGGGCCAGGGCCCCAAACACGGACAGCAAUGCCUCCAGGUGCCGGGUCCCGGAGUUCGGGGUCUCCAGGGCGGUCUCACCCGAUGUUCCAGCCAGGCGUCCGGUGGAGGGAGCUCCCCAAACAGCUCUGCGAGUACUGGGGUCAUCAACAACUAUCUGGAAGCCAGCGAGCCGCUGUCCUGGGAGCCCCGUCUGAGCCGCAUGCACUUCCACGACAACCAGAGCAAGGUCGACUACGUGCUCGUCUACCAGUACCGGAAACGCGGGGCGCACCCCGGCCACGGCUCCCCUGGCCACUCGCUGGCGAUCGUCUCCAAUGGCGAGACGGGCAAGGACCCCGACGCGGGGGCUGCCGGUGACAUUGAGCUGGGGCCGUUCGACGCCCUGGAGGAGGAGAGGAAGGAGCAACGGGAGGAGUUUGAGCACAACCUGGUGGAGGCCGGGCUGGAGCUGGAGAAGGACUUGGAGAGUAAAAGCCAGGGCUCCGUCUUUGUCCGGAUCCACGCCCCAUGGCAAGUGCUGGCCCGAGAGGCGGAAUUCCUGAGGAUCAGAGUCCCCACCAAGAAAACGUACGUGAUCAAGUCAGAAGGCAGCAUCACGAAGACGUUCAACAAGAUCCUGCAGAAGCUGAGUGCACCCCUGAAGCCCCGAGUGCCCGAGCACAGUAACAACAGGAUGAAAAACCUGUCCUAUCCGUUCUCCAGGGAGAAAAUGUACCUGUACAACAUCCAGGACAAGGACACCUUCUUUGAUAAUGCUACCCGUAGCCGCAUUGUACGCGAGAUCCUGAAGCGCACCACCUGCUCUGGAGCCAACAACAUGAUGGGUAUUAAUUCUCUGAUAGCAAAUAAUAUCUACGAGGCUGCCUACCCCCUGCACGACGGUGAAUGUGAUAGUCCAGGGGAUGACGUGAAUGACCGAAAGCUGCUGUAUCAAGAAUGGGCGCGCUAUAGUGUGUUUUAUAAGUUUCAACCUAUUGACCUCAUCAGAAAGUAUUUUGGAGAAAAAAUUGGACUGUACUUUGCCUGGCUGGGAUUAUAUACAUCCUUCCUCAUCCCGUCAUCCGUCAUCGGGGUCAUCGUGUUUCUUUAUGGAUGUGCAACGAUCGAGGAAGAUAUUCCCAGCAAAGAGAUGUGUGACCAACAGAAUGCCUUCACCAUGUGUCCCCUGUGUGACAAGUCCUGUGACUACUGGAACCUCAGCUCAGCCUGUGGAACGGCGCAGGCCAGCCACCUGUUUGACAACCCUGCCACUGUCUUCUUCUCCAUCUUCAUGGCUCUGUGGGCUACCAUGUUUCUCGAAAACUGGAAGAGAUUACAGAUGCAACUGGGCUACUUCUGGGAUCUGACUGACAUAGAAGAGGAAGAAGAGCACUCCCGGCCUGAGUAUGAAGCCAAAGUCCGGGAGAAAACGCGGAGGGAGAGCGGCAAGUCUCUGGUCCAGAAAUUGGGAACCGGUGGGACUGAGGAUGAGGAUGAUGCAGAUAAGCUGACCUGGAAAGAUCGUCUCCCGGGUUACUUGAUGAACUUCGCCUCCAUCUUGUUCAUGAUUGCCCUGACGUUCUCCAUUGUCUUUGGGGUCAUUGUCUAUCGCAUCACAACCGCUGCUGCUCUGUCUCUCAACAAGGCCACACGCUCCAACGUCCGGGUGAUCGUGACAGCCACGGCGGUCAUCAUCAACCUCGUGGUCAUCCUCAUCCUGGAUGAGAUUUACGGCGCCGUGGCCAAGUGGCUCACCAAAAUCGAGGUUCCAAAAACAGAGCAGACAUUUGAAGAGCGCCUGAUCCUCAAGGCUUUCUUGCUAAAGUUUGUCAAUGCCUACUCACCCAUCUUCUACGUGGCCUUUUUCAAGGGGAGGUUUGUGGGCAGACCUGGAAGCUACGUUUAUGUGUUUGACGGUUACCGCAUGGAAGAGUGUGCCCCUGGGGGCUGCCUCAUGGAGCUGUGCAUUCAGCUCAGCAUCAUCAUGUUGGGGAAGCAGCUGAUCCAGAACAACAUCUUCGAGAUUGCAGUCCCGAAGCUAAAGAAACUAUUUCGGAAGAUGAAAGAUGAGACAGAGCCUGGAGCAGCUGACUCUGCCUGUUCAAAGCAUCCAAAGCAGUGGGAUCUAGACUACAGCUUGGAACCAUACACUGGACUGACGCCAGAGUACAUGGAAAUGAUCGUCCAGUUUGGUUUUGUCACCCUCUUUGUGGCCUCCUUUCCUCUGGCGCCGGUGUUCGCCCUCCUCAACAACGUCAUUGAAGUGCGGCUUGAUGCGAAGAAGUUCGUUACGGAGCUGAGGCGGCCAGAUGCUGUGCGAACCAAAGAUAUCGGGAUUUGGUUUGACAUCCUCUCGGGCAUCGGCAAGUUCUCUGUUAUCAUCAACGCUUUUGUCAUCGCGAUCACCUCUGACUUCAUCCCCCGCCUGGUGUAUCAGUACUCCUACAGUCACAAUGGGACUCUGCACGGCUUUGUCAACCACACCCUCUCCUUUUUCAACGUCAGCCAGCUGAAGGAGGGAACGCAGCCCGAGAACUCACAGUUUGACCAGGAGGUUCAGUUCUGCAGGUUUAAGGAUUACCGGGAGCCGCCCUGGGCCCCGAACCCAUAUGAGUUUUCCAAGCAGUACUGGUCCGUUCUGUCUGCUCGUCUGGCUUUUGUCAUAAUCUUCCAGAACCUGGUGAUGUUCCUGAGCGUCCUUGUGGAUUGGAUGAUCCCUGACAUCCCCACCGACAUCAGUGACCAGAUCAAGAGUGAGAAGAGCCUAUUUGUGGACUCCUUCCUGAAGGAGGAGCACGAGAAGCUCAGGCUGAUGGAGGAGGCUGCCUGGAGGGGCCGGGGCCCCAGCCGGCGCAGCGGGACGAGCCCGGCAGCCGACCUAGUGCCCUCGGGCUGGAGCCAGCCGGGCAGCAGCGCGCCCUCGGGGUCCCAGCACACCAGCGUGUGAGCAGCCGGGACCAGCACGGUGUCGUGUCCGUCCUUGCGCAGGAUCUGGCCUCAGGGGCCCUUGAGAAGGGCGUGUGUGUGUGUCUAUGUGUGUGUGUGUGUGUGGACAGAUUAUUAGCGACAGGAGGCAGAGAAUGGGCGCAGGAGGGAAGAGAAUGAUACUGCUUCUCAGAAACUUCAAGCUUGGGUUUCUUUUAGGUUCUCUUUUGAGCUGUAUCCUUUGGGGGAUUGGUACCCGCUUUUGCAUCCACUGGUGAAAGAAUUGGGUCUCUCCAGCCCAGAGUCCCAGGCACCUCGAGCCCUGCCCUGUGCCCCCUCAGAUACCGUCCCCGAAUUUCAGUGGCCGCGGGCCAUGAGAAGCACAGUCCGGGCCCUGUUUCAGCCCCAUCAUAAGUGAUCACCACCCCCCUUCCCACCAUCACCCUGAGAAAACCCUCUGCAUCACUGUCACAGCCUCAGUGGAUGCAAAUUAAGUUCCGUGGCUGAUUGCUGUGGCCUCUGGACCCAGUGGUGAGGAGCAAAGGUCCAGACCUGGGCUUGUCUCCAGUUCAUGUCAUGGGGAUGCUUUGAGCUAAAUGCAACUAGACAUCAUUUUAUGCAGGUUCAGGUUUAAAAUAAUAAAUUGAAACAUUCUUUAUAAAGCUGCAUCUCCUUGUCUUCGGUUCUGUCUCUCUUACUUCCUGCUGAUAUUUGUGGAGCCCCUGCUGGGUGCCAGGCAUUGUUCUCAGACUAGAGAUACAGCGGAGGACAAAAGACAGAAUCCUGCUGCGCGGAGUUAGGUCCUGGGGACAGUUACGUCAGACAGUGAGCCGAUGAAUGCACAGCAUUUCAGACGAUCAUAAGAAAUAUGAAAUAGGACAAGGGAGGCAGGAAAUGUGAGGGCAUGGGAGGAGGGGCUUGCCAUUUUAUACAUGAAUUAAUGACAAACCCAGGAUGGUUCGGAGAUCACCUCUUGCAAAGCUAAUGUCAUUGAUCGGUAGCGGCCUCCCGAGCUCUGCGGGGAGAUCUUCUAGUUGGAAGCAAAGGCCAGACGUCAUUUAUCAUCGCCUUUCACACACCUCCACCCACCUGCUGACCAGAACCAGUGCGCUGGCCCUUCCCUUGGGACCUGGCCCCAGUUCCCUGCAGGUCAGUCUGACUAGCGUACAACUUGGUCCCAAUGGAAGCUGCCGGGAGGGCCACACCCCAGAGGAGGUGUCGGUUACUUUAAGGACACGCUGAAGUUUUAGGUUGGUUUUCUAGUUUUUGAGGUUCAUGCCCACCAUCUUUUCUCAACAUUUUACCUCCUUGUCCAAAUCCUUUAUGCUUUAGGAGUAUGCUCUCCCCAGAAUAAUACGUUACUGUCCCCCCACCUCUCCAUCCAUUUAUAAUCUACGGUAUAUGAAUCCAGCAGCUUCUAAACUCUUAUAGGAAUCCGUCACGGAUAAUCUGGAAGAGAGGUGAAGGCUCCCCCCAGCCCCCUGUAACCUUACUCUCUUGCAUUUCCUGUGCCGCUGAAGGCUGUACCUUUUCCUGCAGUGUGUGUUUUCUGAGAUACAUUUCUUGCUAGUGAAUGAGGUUGGCCUCGUCCAUUCCUCUCCUGACAAGUACAGUUCUGCAGCUCCCAACAGCACGGCACAAAUGAAGCGUAUGGCUCAGUGUGGAUGACUCAGCUUACCUUCCACGGAUCCGUUCUACUCACCUUUUACAACCCCAGGCCCUGGGCAACCGUGUCUCGGAUCUCCUAACCCCCUUCAGCCCAGGUAAGCGACGUCCAAAUUUCCGCUCCUGCCCCGACCCACGGGGGUAUCCGCUCCGCUCAGACACGGCAGAGGGCGCCAGAGAGCAGAGCCCACCCUUCAAGGCCGAGCCACGCGUUCUGGAAAACAAAGCAGAUGUUUCUUACACACGCAGCCCUGUUGCACAUCUGGCUCCCCUCCUGCUCCCCUUCCUCCUCUGCCCUGUCCCCUGCACAGCAGCAGAUGGCAGUACCCGCAAAGCCACCUCCCUUCAGGACCAGCCGAGAAGACGUUCCGCCCGGGACUCUCACCCAGACACAGUGGAUCCCACCGACCCUUCUGGCCUCCCCGGGGCUCCUGCAGUUUCAUCUGCAGAAAGGAAGUGCAAGGCGAAAGCCAGAUGGGAAUUCCAAAAGACAGCUCCGCAUAUGAGUUCAGGAACCUUCAUGUUUCAUGAAGCUUCUUUCUCUCCCUUCCUAACAGAGGCCCGAGGCUGCCCAGCCAGGAUGUCUUCCUCAGUUAGGGGGAUGAAGCCACAGGCCGUAAGGGAAAGAGGCAGACUUUUGACAUGGAUCCCACAUCAUAACCUGCUCCUUGUUUUCCCCCAGCACAGUGGACUCUGGUUGGCCUGUCUCGAGUUCCUCAGAGAGUAUGUGUCAUCUUCUAUCAAGAACCACAUCUGCCUGGUCUGAGCGAGGCUGCUUGUUGGGAAACAGGUGAGGCCCCUGAAAUAGGCCUCGUCAACCCUAUUCCCCGGGCCACCUUCCUGCUACGCUCUCAGGAGCUUUGCUGGGUGUCUCCCUUACCAACUUCAAACUUGGUUUUCUCAGCUGUCAACCCCAGACUUUACUCCACCUGCCUCUU